AUGCCGCCAAAAAAAGUUGUCAAGGAGGAAAAGGUCUUGCUUGGUAGACCAAGUAAUAACUUGAAAAUUGGUGUGGUUGGGUUACCUAAUGUUGGAAAAUCGACAUUCUUCAACGCUAUUACCAAAAGUGCAGUAGCAGCCGAAAAUUAUCCUUUUUGUACAAUCGAUCCGGAAGAAUCACGUGUGGCCGUUCCCGACGAACGAUUUGACUGGCUAUGUGAACAAUAUCACCCAGCCUCUAGAGUACCGGCAUAUCUUACAGUAAUUGAUAUUGCUGGAUUGGUAAAAGGUGCCGCUACUGGCGCUGGUUUGGGAAAUAAUUUUCUGAGUCAUAUACGCGCUGUCGAUGCAAUUUUUCAUGUUGUUCGUGGCUUUUCGGAAGAGGAUGUGAUUCACGUUGAGGGUGAACUUGAUCCCAUACGUGACCUCGAGAUUAUUCAUAAUGAACUUCGACUCAAGGAUGAAGAGUUUUUGACGAAACGUUUCGAAGAUUUAUCUAAAGUUACCGCACGUUUAGGAAAAGCUCCCGCCGCAGCUGAUAAAGCAAAAAAGGAAGAAUUGGAUGUUACACAAAAAGCACUCAAAUUAGUAUCCGAGGAAAAUAAAGACAUUCGAAAAGCAAAUUGGUCAAAUAAAGAAGUUGAAAUAAUUAAUACACUACAAUUACUCACAGCAAAGCCAGUCAUUUAUCUGAUUAACUUGAGCGAAAAAGAUUAUAUAAGAAAAAAGAAUAAAUGGCUUCCAAAAGUCAAGGCAUGGAUUGACGAAAAUAAUCCUGGGGAUUUGCUAAUUCCCUUUAGUGCCGCUCUUGAAUAUCGACUUUCUUUACUUUCGACCGCAGAAGAGAAAGAAGAGUUGUUAAAAGAACUAGGGACACAAUCUGCGCUUCCAAAAAUCAUUGUGGCUGGAUAUCAGGCAUUACAAUUAAUGUACUUUUUCACUUGUGGUCCUGAUGAAGUGAGAGCAUGGACGAUUCGGAAACUUACCAAAGCUCCACAGGCUGCAGGCGUUAUACACACCGACUUACAAAAGGGCUUCAUCCUAGCAGAGACAAUGCGCUUCGAAGAUCUAAAAGAAUUGAAAUCGGAAAAUGCUGUCAAAGCUGCCGGAAAAUAUAUGCAAAAAGGGAAAGAAUAUGUAGUUGAAGAUGGGGAUAUCUUGUAUUUUAGAUCCGGGCUUGCGAAUAAGAAAUGA